AUGUUAAGACCAACUACUUCUAAAAAAAUUGAAAAUGGUGAGGAAGUUAUUGGAAUGUUAAGUCAUGAAAAUGUCUAUGUUGGAGCUAAUGAAAGGAAUCCUCUAAGUACAACACAACCUUUACGAAGUACCUCCAGUCCUCAUCAUAGUCCUUUAUUUAAAAGAGCCUCAGCACGAUGGUGGAAUCCACAAUUUGAUUCUACAAUUCUUGAAACAGAAUAUUGGAAUUGUAGUUUUCCAUUACUUAGAAAACGUUUUCGUUUAGGUCUUAUAUAUAUUCUAUUAACAUCUUCUAUGUGGAUUACAUAUCUUAGAAUAUUUGAACAAGAUACACCUGUUCAUUGGACUGUUUUUACAAUACACCUUUUAAUAUGUAGUGGAUUAAUUAUAUUUUCUAAAUAUUCUAUACAUUAUCAACGUUUUUAUAUGCCAACAUCAUUUUUAUGUACUUUUUUAAUUUUUAUUACAACACAAUUAAUUUUUUCACAACAAAAAUCUCCAAUAAUGGGACCUGUUGCUACAUUAACUACUAGUAUUCAAGUUGUUUUAUUAGUUUAUACUGUUAUACCAUUACCAUUAUAUGUUUCAAUUAUAUUUACAUUAAUAUAUUCAAUAUUAUAUGAAAUAUUAACUAGACAACAAAUAUAUUUAAAAGAAGGUGAUAUUCCUCCUGGUGUUAGAAUGUUAUUACAUAUAUGUAUUCACCUUCUUGGUAUACAUUUAUAUAUAUUAACACAAGUUAGGCAAAGAAUAACAUUUUUAACGGUAGCUAUUAGUUUAAUGGCUAAAAAUGAUUUAAAACAAGAAACAACAUUUAAAAAUGCUAUGAUUGCUUCUGUUAUGCCUGAAAAAUAUGCAACUGAAAUAUGUAAAGAUGCCAAUGAAAUGAGAAGACCAUCACAAUCAGAACACUCAGCUUAUAGAAUGUCUAAUGCAACAACUGUUAGAUCUUCUGGUGAUGAAAAUGGUCCAUUAACAUCACCACCAAGUGUUGGUCAGGCUCCUGAUGUUAGAAAAUUUAGACCAUUUACAAUGAAUUUAAUGACUGAUGUAUCUAUAUUAUUUGCUGAUAUUGCUGGUUUUACAAAAAUGUCAUCAAAUAAAAGUGCUGAAGAAUUGGUUAAUCUUUUAAAUGAUUUAUUUGGAAGAUUUGAUAAUUUAUGUAGAACAUGUAAAUGUGAAAAAAUUAGUACAUUAGGUGAUUGUUAUUAUUGUGUUUCUGGGUGCCCUGAACCACAACCAGAUCAUGCUAAAUGGGUUGUUGAAAUGGGAUUAGCAAUGAUUGUAGCUAUUAGGCAAUUUGAUAUUGAUAGAGGACAAGAAGUUAAUAUGCGUGUAGGUAUUCAUACUGGAAAAGUAAUGUGUGGAAUGGUUGGUACAAAAAGAUUUAAAUUCGAUGUAUUUUCUAAUGAUGUAACAUUAGCUAAUGAAAUGGAAUCAACUGGAAUUGCUGGAAGAGUACAUAUAAGUGAAGUUACAGCAAAAUUUCUUAAUAAUCAAUAUAUUUUGGAGGAUGGACCUAUACAUAAUGGUAUGAAAACAUAUUUUAUUGCUGGAAGAACUAAAGAAUGUGAAGAGGAAUGGUUAAAUUAUUGGAAACAAUUUCAAUCACCACAACAAAUAGUACAAGAACAAAAUAAUAUUAGUGGAACUGCAACAAAAGGUGCCAUUGAAACUGGAAAUAGUUUUAGAAGAAAAAUUGUUGGAAAAUUAAAAAGUGUCCAAUCGGCAGCCUCUACAAGAGCAUCCCCAAAUUCAUUUAAUGCUACUGGUAGUUUUAAACAUAAAAAACAAAAUCAACAACAACCUAGAAAAUUAAUGACAACAUCAAAUUUAAAUGUUACAAAUGAUGAUGAUAUAGAAUUAGCUGAAUCUAGAAGAAAAAGUAGUAGUUUAAUGGCAUUAGCUAAAUCAUCAUUUUCUUCAUCAAUACCAGAAAAAAGUAAUCCUCAUGAUAUUGAGGAUGAUGAAACAUUAAUAAUAGCAAAAAGAAUUGGUGGUAAAAUAUCUAUUGACUUGGCAAAUGAUAAUAGUAUUUGUAAUAGUUUAAGGGGUAGUCAAAGUAGUGGAUUACAAAAUUUAUCUGAAUGUGCAUCAAUGAAUGCUCUUGAUACAGCAAUAAGUUUACAUAAUAAUGCAACUUCUCUAACAAGAGGUGGAACAGAUGACAGAGAGUAUGAUCAAAAAUUGGCUAAAGCAAUACAAAGUGAUGCUGAUUUUGUAAGAAAUUUUUGGAAACAUGGUGAUUCAUUAAAUAGAUGGACAUUAACAUUUAAAGAUAAAGAUAUUGAAAAAGAAUAUAGAGCACAUUUUAGUGAAGGAAUAUAUAAAGAGGAAGAUGAUGAAAAUAAAAUUGAAGGAAAUAAUAAUAUUUCUAUUAGAAAUAAAAAAAAAAUAAAGACAAAAAAAUUGUCAUAUAAUGGUAUAUUAGUUGAUUUAGCUGUUUGUGGUAUUAAUUAUUGUAUAGUAUUACUAAUAUUACUAGUAACAUUAGAUAAUUAUAAUAUUGGUUUUAUAAUAUAUUCAAUAAUAGCUUCAAUAUUUCUUCUUUUUGGAAUAGUACUAUUUUGUGCUCCAAUAGUAACAGAUAAAGUAAUCUUACCAAAUAUUCAUCAAUGGAUACCUAGACAUAUACUUGGUUUAACUUUAAUAGCAUUACCUUUAGGAUGUGCUUUAACAAUUAUGCCAUUAUGUAACAAAAAAGAAACUUCAGAUUCUAUUUGCCUACCAAUAUCAUCAAUGACUGUAAGAUUAGUAUUUAGUUUGGUAAUUCUUAUAAUAAUAUAUGCUCAUGCCAAUUUUUCACAAUUAGGAUGUUGGGCUAAAACAUUUCAAGGAUUAAUGAUAGGAUUAAUAUUUCUUGGUGCAACAUCAUAUUGUCAAAGAAAUUUAAAUAAUAUGAUGAUAAAAGAUAAUACAAUUAGAACAAUUAAUACAUUUAAUAUUCUUCCAUUUGAUGAUAAAGAUAAUUGUAAUGGUACUUUACCGGUAUGGGCAGAAGAAAAUUUUGGUAGCCCUUUAUUUAUAUGGGAACUUGUUGUUGUAGUUAUAUUAUCUGUUAUUUUAGUUGGAUUUUCAAAUUAUCAAUUUGAAGCUGCUGGAAGAAUAUCAUUUUAUGGUGAUGUUGUUUCAAAAAAAGAUACUCAUCAAAUGGUUGUUGUUAGAGAUCAAGCAGAUUGGUUAUUAACAAAUAUUAUACCACCACAUGCAUUAAAAAGAUUAAAUAAAGAUCAAAAAUAUUCAAAGAAUCGUUCAUUGGUUGCUGUAAUGUUUGCUACAAUAACAAAUUGGAAUGAAAUGUAUGAAGAAACAUUUGAGGGUGGUAGAGAAUUUAUUCGUGUUCUAAAUGAAAUAAUAGGUGAUUUUGAUGAUUUAUUAGAUAGACCAGAAUUUGAUCAUGUUGAAAAAAUAAAAACAAUAGGUAGUACAUAUAUGGCAGCAUCGGGUUUAAAUUCAGAUAGAAGAAAAUUAUGCCUUCAUCCUUAUGAACAUUUAUAUCAAUUAAUAGAAUUUGCUUUAGCUAUCCAAAAUGUUUUAGCUGAAUUUAAUCAAGAUUUAUUAAAUUUUGAAUUUAUUAUAAAAAUAGGAAUAAAUAUAGGUCCAGUGACUGCUGGUGUUAUCGGAACAACCAAAUUAUAUUAUGAUAUUUGGGGAGAUACUGUUAAUAUAGCUUCAAGAAUGUACUCUACAGGUGUUAAUAAUAGGAUUCAAGUAUCACAAUAUACUAAAGAUUUAUUAUGUGAUAGAUAUGAUUUUCAAUUUCGUGAUCAUAUAGAAGUUAAAGGUGUUGAUGGUGGAAUGGAUACUUAUUUACUAACAGGACGAAAAGGUGAAUCACCUUUUUAUUCAAAAGAAAAUAAAGAUAAUAUGUAG